CUGUCGACCAUUCCCCUCUUCUUGCUGGUGGCUUGACUCGUUCAUUCGUCAUCAUGCUGAGACUCUCCUCGACCUGGUGUCGUCUGCGCUCCCCCCCUCCGCGGGGGUAUGGCUGUUCUGUUCCACGGUCACGACCGCUGUCUUCUUCGGCACUCCUUGGCGCCUAUAGCGACAUCAAGUUCUCUCGAUCGCCAUCCUUUGGAUCGAAUCAAAAGCCUGCGGCCUCGCUUCCGCCACUGGGUCUGAUCGCCCAGCCGACGCCUUCCACCCAUCCUCACCUGAUGAAGCCUGGAGAAGUCACGCCCGGUAUCUCCGAACUGGAGUAUGAGCUGCGUCGAGCCAAGUUGAUGAGCGAAUGCCCGGAUGGAAGCGUGGUCGUCGUCGCUGGAUACGGACUCCGCUACAUGACCAACGGAAUCUUCUACCCCUUUCACCAGAACACCAACCUGCUCUACCUCUGCGGCUUCAUGGAGCCAGACUCAGCCCUCAUCCUCGAAAAGAGCCCCAGUCUUGACCGAGGAUUCAAGAUGACGAUGUUUGUUCGUCCUCGAGACAAGCGUACCGAAAUCUGGGAUGGUCCUCGUGCUGGAAUCGAGGGAGCAGAAUCUUAUUUCGGGGCUGAUGAGGCCCAUCCCAUCGAAACCCUGCCUUCGUUCCUCGAGCAUCUCGUCGACUACCCCCCUGCUGGGCCUGUGUUCACGGAUCUGCCGAUCACUGCGAGCCCUCCUUCCCCGCUCGACGGCACGCACAUUCGAACCAGUGGCGGCCACGCUGCCAGCGCUGCAAGCAAGGACAACAGUGUCACCGAGUUUCUUCGCCAUGUGGGCUUCCGCCGCAAGCCGUCUGGUCCAUGGCCGUCAUGGGAAUCAGGCAAAGUUGGGAAGGAAAUAGAAGUCAAGCGUCUCUCGCCCAUAUUGAAUCAGCUUCGCUUAUGGAAAUCGGAUGCCGAAGCCAAGUUGAUGCGCGAGUGCGGACGCAUGGCUGGUCGUGCAUUUGUCGAGACGAUGCGAGCCACCCGCCCAGGAAUGACCGAGCACGAUCUCUAUGCGAUCGUCGACUACGAAUCACGAAGACGAGGUGCAACAUGCCUUUCCUAUGUACCCGUUGUCGCCGGUGGGAAAAAUGCUCUGAUCCUACACUAUACCAUGAACACGCAAAUUCUCAAAGACGGAGAUCUCGUUUUGAUGGAUGCUGGAGCGGAGUUUGGUGGAUAUGCUAGCGACAUCACACGCACAUGGCCGGUCAAUGGCAAGUUUACUUCGGCCCAAGCAGAUGUCUACGAAUCGGUUCUCAAAGUGCAAAAGCACUGCAUCAAUCUAUGCACUGAGUCGCACUCAAUGUCACUCGAUGAGAUUCAAAACAUCAGCUUUGAUCUUCUGCGCCUGGAAUGCCAGCGGAUGUUCAAACGCACUGUUGACUAUCUUGAAAUGAACGCGCUCUACCCUCACCACAUCAGCCACUGGAUUGGAUUGGAUGUUCACGAUAUCGGAACUGUGAGCCGAGGAAAGAAGCUCGAAGCUGGCAUGACGGUGACCAUAGAACCCGGCUUGUAUAUCCCCGACUCACCGCGCUAUCCGCCCGAAUACCGUGGCAUCGGCAUACGGAUUGAGGAUGAUGUUCUUGUUGGCACCAAGACACCCAUCGUACUCACGGCCGAGGCACCAAAGGAAAUUGUCGAUAUCGAGCACUGCAUGUCUCGUCCAAGCAAUGUGUGAUUGUGCACCAUCUGAC